UCCACUAGACGCAUAAUAGAGUGCGUAUUUAUGAGCUCCUUUCUUUCCAAACUUAAGAAUCUUCAUUUUAGUACCAAGAAAAAGGAAGAGAGCAAAAACGUGUAAACUCUUUUUAAGUCGACAGUGCCCACUUUAAUUGGCUUUGUUUUGUAGCACCUUAACGGACCACCAUGAUGGUGACAAUCCCUCCUCUCUCUGUCUGUCUUCUUCCUCAGAGAAACGCUUCCCUCUGCAUGAAGCGAUGCCGUGCUUGCUCCCGUCACAUGGACGCUUGUAUUCUCAUCUGAGUUGACCAAAGCAUACGUUAAAAUUAGUAGGCCCCAAUGGAACUAGUAACUUCCUUUCUUUUUUUUUUCCUUCCCCCAAUCAGAGCCUCCUCGUGACUGUCUCCUCUGCUCCUUUAUUUAACCCCUUUCUUCCACCUCCUUUUCAGACUCAUAUCUUUGCUACUUUCUAUCACUUCCGCUCUGUCUCGCUCUAACCUGGCAAGAGCCGAUAAUGAAGAAAACAGGCCUUCGUGUGUUCUUCUGCUUCCUUCUCUCUCUUCUGCUUCUCUUUCAUUUCUCAGCAUCUGCUCGUCUUAUUCGACCCAGUCGAGAUGAAAAGGAAGGGAAGGCCAUCGAUGUCACUAAUGCCGGCUCAACCACCGAGCUCAAAUUUGAUAUCGAACUAGCGGAAUCAGAUCAGUGUGAUGAGGAGGAUGAAGAAUGCAGUGAGAGGAGGAGGAUUGCGGAGGCCCACUUGGAUUACAUUUACACCCAGCAUCACAAGCCUGCCUAUAAGCACAAACCUUAGCUCUAAAAUUCCCAGUUCUGUUAACUUGAGACGAGUCCCAAUACGGCCACGAAAUAUCUUACAUUUGUUUUUUGGGCCCAUGUAUCAUAUGAGGAUGAAAUGUCCAAGCCGUAUUUAUGAUCUGUCUGUUUCCGAGCUUCAAAUUUGUGAUAAAACUUGAUGAGAGCGGUUAAGCGGAGCCCUACCCUGGUGCUAUUACCGGAUAUUUUUUUUUCUCAGGAGCUAGCACAGUGCAGACAUGAUUCAGUUUCACCAAGUUACCCAUUUUCCCCCA